CUCUAUCUUGAGCUCCAUGUUUGAAAAUUCGCCUUAAGAAAAAGAUGUUUACAAUGUAGAGUCUCCUGAGGAAUUAAAGCAUUGUCCUACCAUUCAGAAUCUGUCUCUUUUUACCUAACUGUUAUGAAUUUAAAUAAAUUAUCAUGUGGAUGCUUCACUUGCAUUUCGAUCUUGACACUGAUGUAGCCUCAAGUGAUUUUGUGCUUAUUAUCUGCCAUUUGGUUCAAUAGUCUUUUGUCUAGUUGUUUCUUCUUGUCACUCUAGCUACUGGAAAACGAAGAAUUUCUUUUUGAUGAGUUUAAAAACCAAAAGAUGAUUCUUCACUGAGUCAUUGUUUAGCAUUUUGAGAUAGAAGGCCAGGAUUCAUUCAUCUGAAUGAUUGGAAUUGAAAUUUGUUGACGAGGAUGAGAUUUAUUGGAGACACAGAAAGGAAGAUGAAGAGUUGGAAUGGACACCUAAUUCCACUCACUUAAUAUCUCAGUUGACUCAAUGUUUUACUAAUGCUAUGGUUGGAUCAAGAUCAUGGAUAGGAGGACUCUUUCACCGCACAAGCACUAAGCGAAAUAAUGACAAAUUUGUUGACUAUCCUUUGAGUCCCAUUGAGGAGGAAAGACUUCAAAGGCUUCAAGAACGGGUGCAAGUGGCUUAUGAUGAAACUCGCCCCGAACAUCAAGAAGCACUGAGAGCAUUAUGGGUGUGUUCCUUUCCCAAUGUAUCUCUGGAAGGCCUAAUUUCUGACCAAUGGAAAGAUAUGGGAUGGCAAGGUCCUAAUCCAUCAACUGACUUUAGGGGAUGUGGCUUCAUUUCCCUUGAAAAUCUACUGUUUUUCGCGAGGAAAUACCCGGCAUCUUUUCACAGGUUGUUACUGAAGAAAGAAGGAAUCAGAGCAACCUGGGAGUACCCAUUUGCUGUUGCUGGCAUUAAUAUAUCAUAUAUGUUGAUACAGAUGUUGGAUUUAUACUCAGAAAAGCCACGAUGUCUUCCAGGCGCGAAUUUUCUCAAGUUAUUAGGAGAUAAUGAAGAAGCGUUCGAUAUUUUAUACUGCAUAGCGUUUGAGAUGAUGGAUGCACAAUGGCUGGCUAUGCACGCUUCCUACAUGGAUUUUAACGAUGUUCUAAAUGCAACACGAAUUCAAUUGGAGAGAGAGCUUUCCUUAGAAGACAUCAACAGAAUUCAAGAUCUGCCUGCUUACAAUCUGUUGUAACACUAAGAUUAAUUCUUCCUCUUCUGUCCAUAAGCAAAAAAAUUCAAGUGGCACAAUUUUGUAAGUAUUGCAGACAAUGUCUAUCCUAAAUGAACUGCAGGACUUUGCUUCUCUUCUGAAUCGAUUUGUAUGAGUCACCUUCGAAGUUCUUUGUAUGCUGAAUAAAUAUGAGAUAAUGACAUUGAA